GGGGAACAAAUAGAGGACGAGCGAAGGGAGCGAGUAUCAUCGAUUAGUGUCCGGCCGCUCGCUGUGCUGGUGGUGAGGGGGACGCGCCUGGCAGUGAAUUAUUGUGUUAUAUUUAAUAAUUCGAGGAAAAUCUGCGAAAUGACAAUGUUGUGGUCGUUUGGUGCGCUUCUCAUCUGCCUCUACCGAGCUACUGCCGAAACAGCGGGCUUCAUCAAGUCCCCGCUGUCGCAAAUGAAGCUGGUGAAGGACAGUGCCGAGCUGCACUGCGAGGUCGUAGGCAACCCCAUCCCGGAGGUGCAGUGGUGGUUCGUGGAGGGCGAGGAGCCCGACGAGACGUUCACCCAACUGUUUGACGGGGCGCGGAUGGACCGCGUCCACAUCAACGCCACCUACAUCCUCCACGCCACCAGCACCGUUUACUUCUCCAACCUCACGCUCAACGACUCGGGCACGUACGAGUGCAGGGCCUCCAACGACCCCGACCGCAACGACCUGAAGAAGACCCCCAAAAUCAAGUGGAUCCGCUCGCAGGCUAACGUUAUCGUGUUCGAACAGCCUGUUAUCCUCAGCGAGCCUCAGCAAGUGAGCAAUAUGACCUCCGCGGUGCUCAGCUGCAACCUGACAGAUCCUCCGUCUCCAGUGAAGGGCCACCACUGGACCCGAAACGGCAAAAUGAUUGAAGGGACGCAAGCAGACUCCGCUGCGAAAUACACCGAGUACAACUUGGAGAAGAUCGAUUCGCACGCCGGAGGCAAAUACGCUUGCGUUUUCCUUUCGACUCCUGUCGUUCAGAAGGUUAUUGAAGUGAAGACUGCUCCCCGUGUCGCGGCCUACAAGCACUCGGAAAAUGGCAACGAGAAGGACAAAGGGGUGCUUGUCUGCGUGAGCCACAGCUACCCGCCGGUCUCCGAGUGGAAAUGGUACUUUCUUGGCGAGAACACGGACAAAAAGGCUAUUGUCAGUGGAACAGAAAGAUAUGAAAUUAGUAUCACGCCCAACAAGACUACUUUGUACAUCGAGGACCUGGACAUCAAUCAGGACACGGGCAACUACGUGUGCUAUGGGGAGAAUGACAUGGGCUCCGCAUCCGACCAGAUCCACCUGCGUGUGCGCAGCAGGUUGGCUGCGCUGUGGCCCUUCCUCGGUAUCGUGGCAGAAGUGAUCAUCCUUGUGACCAUCAUCUUCAUCUAUGAGAAGAGGAGAAAGCCCGAUGACUUCAGUGAUGAUGAUGAUGCGGGUUCUGCUCCACUGAAGAGCAAUGCUGCCACCAACCAUAAAGAUAAAAAUGUCAGGCAAAGGAACUCCAACUGAAAGAGAAGUGAGGAGGCCAGAUGUACAAGAAUUACGGACUUGCAGAAUAGCACACAGUCUAAUCCAGCGCACCCAGAAAUGUUGAAACUCUUUGUGUGUUUGUGUUUUUUCGGGGGUUGAACGCAUGAUCUUAUUUGCCGUUUUAAAAAUGUGUAUCUAGUAUUAUGAAAUACAUUUACUUUGCUUUACCCUGGGUCGCCCACACGGUAUGUGCUCUUAAGAUGUGUUCGCCUGAAUCGCCACGGCCCAUCAGCAUGGAGGACUUUGCGGCAGUGAAGGAGCAGAGAUAAACUUGCAAAAGUCACCCCUACAAAAAAAAAAAAAAACAGAAAGCCUUAUUGAAAAUCACCUGUGUUACUUUCCACCAGUUUAAACUUUUGCGUGUUUUGUAUUUUACUAAAUGUAGAUAUAAAAACGCAUACGUUUUUAUGAAGUGAUGUGCUGUGACAUCAAGUAUACAAUUGAAACUUUGCUGACUGAAUACCAAGUCUUUGUGUCUCUCCUCGCAAAUGUUUUUAAAUUCUUUUCAAUUAUGAAAUUAGCUUUUGCUUCUGCUGUAUUAGCCAUAUAUCCUUGGCAAUUCGUGUGUGCUAAAAGGACCAACUGAAUGAAGUCUGUUGGCUGUGUUACCUCUUUAAAUGUUAACACUUAAUUGACUGCAUAUUAAUAUGAUUAAUUGUGUGAAUGUUGCUAGAAUUCUGUGCUGUGGCUUUAUUUUAAGAUAAUAGUGAAAGCUGUUAUUUUAUCUCAUUUUGUAGGGAAUUCAGAGCCAUUGCAUUGCUGUGAUUAGUACUGUGCCUGGAUGUGUACUUUUAAUCUUAAUUUAAGUCCUAUUAAAGGUUAAUGUAUAAUUUAAAUUAACACGGUUUAAUAGGCGUUGGCUCUACCACUAACUGUCGGAAGGACUGUAACCAUUUCAAUAAAU